CUUCAUCGUUCACUCCAAUCCAGUGUAGCAACUGCAAACCAAAACUCCACUCUUUAUAUAUAGUACACACACACUCGGCAAAUGGAUAUAUGAUAUGACCACAUUCUAAUGUGUGUGUGACUGUAUAAUUGUGUCACUCACCGGAUCACGGAACUGAGAUUCCCUCCGGUGCUUUUUUCCUCCUAUGCCUGCGGCCCUGUUCUAGGGCGGGGAUACAUAAAUAAUCGGAAAGCUAAAAGGCGUCGGUGUGCGCGUCCAAGUUUUUUCUGAAAGCUAGGGUUUCUAUUUUAUUUUUAUUUGUAUUAGCAAUUGCCUCUAUCGGCUGAUGGCAUUUGUGUGAUAAGCGGAAGUGAAUAUGGCGGCUGUGAGGGGUUUUACUGCGCCGUUCACCGUGAAGCUGCUGCGGAGGUCGGACGCGGCGUUGGUUGCUGGCAAGAGUGGCCUGGUGGAACUGAGGAGGAAGAGGAGGAGGCUGCCGUCCGGCCUUGUCAAGUGUUGCUGUUCGGAGAUCCGGGAUGUUUGCUGGUCGGCUAAAGGCGAUGACAACUGUGACGAGAGGAAAUUCGACAUGAAAAAGAGGCCUGCUCAUCGGGUUCCUGUUAUGGCUUUUGCUUCGCCUCAAUCUCGAUUUGUUUCAAAGCCAGAAAAGUUCUUCUCCCGUUGCACAAGAAAUUUAGGUCCUCAAUCCCGCGAUUCUCCCCCUCAAAGAGAUACUGGCAUUGCAAAUGAGAAAGACUGGGGCAUCAGUCUGUUGAAUGAACAUGUCAAUGAAUCUGGCACUAAUGAAGAUGGAAGCACUUGGUACCGUGAAAGUGGAGAAGAUCUUGGAGAUAAUGGUUACAGAUGUAGAUGGACUAGAAUGGGUGGCCAGAGCAGCACUUCAGAGUGGAAAGAAAUGUGGUGGGAGAAAAGUGAUUGGACUGGAUACAAAGAGCUAGGUGUGGAGAAAUCUGGAAGAAAUGCAGAAGGGGAUUCUUGGUGGGAAACAUGGCGAGAAGUUCUUCACCAGGAUGAGUGGAGUAAUCUGGCUAGGAUUGAACGAAGUGCACAGAAACAAGCAAAAUCAGGAACUGAAAAUGCUGGGUGGUAUGAGAACUGGUGGGAGAAAUAUGAUGCAAAAGGCUGGACUGAGAAAGGGGCACAUAAAUAUGGCAGACUGAAUGAACAGUCGUGGUGGGAAAAAUGGGGAGAGCGUUAUGAUGGAAGUGGUUCAAUCCUUAAAUGGACAGAUAAAUGGGCUGAGACUGAACUUGGAACAAAAUGGGGAGACAAAUGGGAAGAGAAGUUUUAUGCUGGCAUUGGAUCACGUCAAGGAGAGACGUGGCAUGUAUCUCCAAUUGGUGAAAGAUGGUCAAGAACAUGGGGAGAAGAACACUUUGGAAAUGGCAAGGUGCACAAGUAUGGAAAAAGCACCACGGGAGAAAGUUGGGAUAUUGUUGUAGAUGAAGAAACAUAUUAUGAGGCCGAACCACAUUAUGGAUGGGCAGAUGUUGUUGGUGACUCAAGUCAGUUACUGUCUAUUGAGCCCCCAGAAAGGCCACCUGGGGUAUAUCCAAAUCUUGAUUUUGGAUCAUCUACACCGCCCCCACCCAAGCCACCGUCUUUUUCAGACUGACAACGGGUUGGUCGAUAGUGUUCAUGCUUUUAAGAGAUCAUUUUGGAAGUCGUCUCUAAUUUGUUUGAAAAUGUCAUGUACGUGGAUGCUAUCCUGUUUAUUCUUCAUUUUAUUCAUUCUUUCAAGUAUUUUUCCGCACUUUUAUGUAAGUUGAGCGCUUUUAGUUGCUUUUAGUUAUUGGAGUGGAUUUUACGUACUUUGUGAAUGGUGGAUUUUACAUACUUUGUGUGGUCGCUUGUUUGAAUGAUUCCACUGUGGGUUGGGCAAGUGACAAAAGAGCUCGAAGCUCGCAAGAGGCCGAAGCACAUCAGGAUUAAGGCACACACG